UUAUUUAAAUAUAUAUAGUUAAUAUUCAAUAAUAUCAUGAAUGCUAAAGCUAAAAUCUUCCCCCACUCAAUCUAUUUACAGCCCAUGCUUAAAAAGCCGUUAAUCGAAUCUAACGAUCGAUUAAUCGAUCUGUUGUGUGUGCGAAAAAGAAAAAAAUAGCAAGAAAAUGCAAGAAAUCUAAUUGAGAAAUCCAGAAUCCAGUGAGAAAGUAAAAAGUUAAAAGUAUCUCGAAAAUGUGCGAGUGAACGAGUUAAAGAAAUCUUAAAAUCAAAGUCAAGCAAAAGCAAAAGCUAUAGAGUUAAUGCUCUCUCACAAAUCGGGAUAUUUGUUCAAUGGGAGGAGCGCGCCCAUUUAAAAUUAUGCGCCUCCACAACGGCAUACGGGAAAUGCUAAAUAGAUCGUGAUCGUAAACGAAACAUGGUACGCGACAGCAGCCGUAACAUUUGUUUUGGAAAAUUAGCCGAAACUACGCAGCAACAACAACAACAAAUCGCCGUGGAUAGUAGCAGCAGCAACAGCAACAGCAGCAACACCAAUAACAGCAGCAACAACAAUAAUAAUAAUAAUAACAACAACAACAAUAAUAAUAACAAUAACCAGAAACUACGCGAUACAUUAAAAAGGUCUACAGAGGAACCACCGGCAAACAGCUUCGAAAGGAACUAUUACGAUCGCAGCCGCUUAGUCUAUCAAGCUAACAACGCAGCAGCAGCAGCAGCAGUAGCGACAACUGCCAGCAGCAACAACAACACUAAUAGCAACAACAGUAAUAGCAACAGCAACAGCAACAGCAGCAGCGAUAGGUCGCGUGCUCGAGAUCGUCUUUACAGGAAUGGUUCAGCAGCAGCCGCAGCAGCAGCAGCAGCAGCAGUUGGUGCGUCAGCUACAAGCAGCAACAGCAAC